AUGGCUCCUUGCAUGCUGAUGAUCUCAGGUCGCGUGAUUUGCUGCCGCUCCCCUUUGUGGAACGAGAGGCGCCACAGAGCCGAUGAAAUCAAUCGGACAAUCGGUGCCUUGAAUUCAAUGUUUGGUGGUCAAGGGGCGGGCAAUGACUACGGCUCCUUGGAUUACAAGCUAUGUGGUGCUUCUGGUGUACAGCAGGAAGCAUUGGAUUUUGUCAGCAAGGCGGUAUCCGCCAUGGGCUCUCCGCCGGAGGGUCUUACCUGCUCAGAGGCGCUUCGGCAGCUUCGGGCAACAAGCGGCUACGUCGAGGACCAGGCGACGGGUGCCCUUGCGCCAUAUGUUCCCGGAAAUGUUUCCUUGCCUGAAGAGGGUUGGCGUCCGAUUUCGUUGGAUGCCCUUUGGGGACAGGACGGGCGAGAAUCCGUUGGCAGUCAUGUUCAACAGCAGUUGCUGCCUGCAGAUGAGGUUGAAACAUCCAAGAACUUACGGCUCUUCACGAACAUGUCGUUGCUCGUGCGGGACUCGGAGAUCUUGGUCGCAUUCAGGAGGAAAUCCAUGGAGGAGAAGCUUGCAUCCUCGGCUGGGAGAUCUCGAAGGCUAGUCGGGCACAUGACUUUCAUCAGCUUAGCCAGGUUUUUGUGGGAGAUGAAGAUAGUGACCCCGGAGCUGAGGUUUUGUGGGGCCGUGAUGGUGAUCCAUCACGGCAUCAGCCUGGUGAUGCCUUCGGAGGUUCAGUCCGAAAAGCGAGGGAGGAGCCGUGCGAGGUCAAGCAGGCCAGCCCCGACAGCUUCAAAAACAGAGUUGGACUGGGAGACCGUGAAAAGUUCCACCGUCCGGCGCAGCCAAGUGAAACGAAAGCGCCAAGCAUCGCGAGCCGGAGCUUCAAGCGCUACUCCGGAGAUGACCGUAUUGGAAGAAGCCUCGGUGUCGAAGGGGACAAGGGAUCGCUAUGCCAAAAUCUGGACAGUCCUAAAGCCCAUGGUGACUGGUCGGACGGGGCGUCUCUUACCCAGGCUCAAGGUGGAGCAAAUGUUGUGCGGACACUUGAAGGACAUGUACAUGGACGGGGAGGACGUCGCUUCUGCCCAAUACACAGUGGCUGCACUUAUGUUCCACAAUCCUUCCCUGCGCUCCAAGGGAAUGACGUCACUGCCGAGAGUGAAGCAGAGCCUCACGGGUUGGAAGCGGCUCGCCCCCGAAAAGAGCCGGCUUCCCAUCCCCUUCGAGGCUCUAGCUUUAAUCUUCAUGUUCCUGGUGCAAAGCGGUCGAUGCGAGAUAGGGCUAUUCCUCCUGGUCUCCUUCAUGCUGUAUCUCCGCCCGUCAGAAGGGCUGCGAUUGAGAACACAAGAUGUGGUUCGGCCGAGCCGCAAACGGGGGGCUUUCAGCUUUUGGACGUUCAUUCUGCACCCUCAGGAGAUGCAAAUCCCUUCGAAGACUCGAGAGUUCGACGAGUCGCUUCAGCUAGACCUCGACUACCACAACGAGGUCGGGAAUGCUUUAGCCAGAGUGCUCAAGUUCACAGCGAAGCAGCCGGAGGAAAAGAUCUUCAAAUUUGGGCUGGAGGAGGCAAACCAGGCGCUCGAAGACGCAGCCACCGCCGUUGGACUCCAGAAGCUUGGGAGUAUCCAUCUUUACCGUCUUCGUCAUGGCGGGGCCUCCCACGAUUUCGUACACAAGCUGCGAGACCUAGCCAGUAUCCAGCUGCGGGGGCGGUGGAAGUCCAUGGCGAGUGUUCGCAGGUACCAGAAGGGUGCCAGGCUGGCCCAGCUUUUCAACAGCCUGGACAGUGCCGUUCAAACCGAAUGCUUAGACGCCGCCAAGCUCGGCAAGGUGAUCGCGCGUCAAAACAAUUGGCCCGUUUUGCUGUGGAACAUUCAGUACGGCACAGCAUAUGAUCUGAAGUUGAUCGUCAACCAGUGGAAGAUUCUGGGUUGGAUCAGGGUCCACCACCGCUGCGUUCUGACGAGCAGCCACUCGGACUCCCAGAUCUUGGACUUCGCGAUGCCCGCAAAGUUCGUGCAGGCAACGUGCUCAUGA